AUGGAAGCACUCGGCGUAGCUGCCAACGUCAUUGCUGUCGUUGACAUUUCAGUCAAAGUAUUACAGGUCUGCUCUGAGUACGCCAAAGAGGCCAAAAAUGCCAAGGUCGAGAUCCAGGAGCUCCGACAGGAGGUGGAGAAUCUGCGUGACACGGCGCAAAAAGUGCAAAAGCUCAUUCAAAGUCCCCAAGGCACGAGACUUGAAGCAUCCCAAGAGCUUCUGCUUAGAAUCGAAGAUUCUCUUUCUAUCUUAUCAGACGUCAACGGGAAACUUCAACCUUCCUCCAAACAUAGUCUCUGGCGACGAGGCUUCAGGUCGCUGAAAUGGCCAUUUCAAAGUGGGGAAGUUCAUCGCAUUGUUGGUCGUCUCAACAGAAGUUCAAUCUCACUCUCGCACCUACUUCAGGUUGACCAAACUGGCCUUCUGCUUAACGUAGAUGACAAGUUAAACAAUGCAGAGUCUCAAAUGAAUGAUGCUCAUUCUAAACUCGACAAAUCCCACGUCAAACUGGACAAGGCAGGAUCCGACUUGACAGGUGUUGUCACAAAGUUGGAUAAAGUCGACAUCAGCCAGAUCAUGGCUCAACUUCCAGUGGUAGCUGGCGCGGCCCACGAUUCGCAGGCCGAAGAAGAGAACAACAUCUGCCUUAAGACCACUCGUUCGGAGCUCUUGGGCGAUAUUGAUGAGUGGCUCAAGAAUACCAACACUGAGACUAUCUUUUGGUUGCAGGGAAUGGCUGGUACUGGCAAGUCAACUAUUGCUCGUACGAUGGCCAAAAGAUGGGAUGGCCAAAAUCACCUUGGGGCAAGCUUCUUCUUCAAGAGAGGUGGUGGCGAUUGCGGCAAUCUUUCUUGCUUCUAUACCACCAUCGCCUUCCAAUUAGCCAUUCGCCACCACGGUCUUGCAUCAAGUAUCAAGGCAGCUGUUGACCGCGAUCCUUCCCUCAUGUCCAAGGUGGCUGAGGAGCAGUUCGAUAAAUUGAUACUGCAACCUAUCAUGGGGUUACAGCCAGCCAAAAGGGAAACUAUCGCAAUUGUCAUUGAUGCUCUGGACGAAUGCGAGGGGGACGGGGGAAUUAAGCGACUUAUCAGGAUCUUUACUCGUAUUAAGGAUGUCUCGAAUGUGACAAUCAAGGUAUUCAUUACGAGUCGGCCGGAACUGCAUAUUCGACUGGGUUUCCGUGCUGUGCUUGGCACCUACCAAGACUUUGUUCUUCACGAGAUCCCCAACGACAUUAUCGAGCGCGACAUUCGUACGUUCUUCACAGAGGAAUUAAACAGAAUACGGCAAGACUAUAAUCUCAUGGCUGAGGAGGAGUUCCGUCUGCCAGACACGUGGCCAGGCCCCGAGAGGACAGCCGUUCUUGUUCAGAAAGCCGUGCCGCUCUUUAUUUUCGCUGCAACCGUGUGUCGAUUCAUCCGGCAAUGGAUGAGCGCAGACCCCGAGGUCCAAUUGCAGAAGGUGCUGACCUUUGACACCAAGAGCCAGGAGUCAAAAAUGGAUGCCACUUAUCUACCGUCGCUUGAGCAGCAAUUGGGAGGCCUUUCAAAGCGAGAAGAGAAGGACGUCAUUGACAACUUCCAACAGGUUGUGGGCACUAUCAUACUUCUCGAAGCCCCUUUAACAGUUGCUGCUCUGUCAAAACUCAUCGAUGUGCCCCAAAGAAGUAUUUACCACCGGUUGGAGGUUCUUCGCUCAGUGCUGCAUUACCCCGAAACAGCAGAAUCACCAAUACGGCUGUUUCAUCUGUCUUUCCGAGACUUCUUGCUAGACCCGGAGAAGGAGGGAAUAAACAGAUUCUGGGUAGACGAGAAGCAAAGCCAUGGUCGAAUUUCUGCCGGCUGCCUUCGUAUUCUCAAAUCCUCACUGAAAGAAGAUAUAUGCGGUCUCGUGGCGCCAGGAAUUGCACGUUCAGAAGUGACAGCGCGCCGUGUAUCUUCUUGCAUCUCUCCAGACUUGGAGUAUGCUUGUCGCUAUUGGGUCACUCAUCUCACAAAGGCUCCGGAUCUAAUUAUCAGAUCGGAAGAUAUACUGCCAUUUCUUGAGCACCACCUGCUACAUCUUCUCGAGUGUCUGAGCUUUAUAGACCGUCUUUCGGAGAUUUAUGUCAUGAUUCAAGGAUUGCAAGCCAUGGAGAGGGAAAACGAAUGCCCCAGGCUAUGUGAACUACUCAAGGAUCUUCGUCGCUUUCUUCGUAUCAACUUCACCAUUAUCGACCAAUACCCUCUUCAGCUCUACUCCUCACUACGUUACACUGUCCCAUCUACAAGUCCAAUGCAGCCUAUCUUUGCCAACAGUACACCUGAAUGGAUAUCGCAACUUCCAGAUUCCCUAAGCGAAUGGGACCGUCACCAAAAUGUUUUGGAGGGACACGAGGCUCCAAUAAUCGCCGCUGCAUUUUCCCCUGACAGCAUAUAUAUGGUAUCCUUGUCGGAGGAUGGUAAUAUGAGAGUCUGGCGCCUCGAUACUAGUGAGUGUAUCCGUGAGACGUGGAUCGAGGAUGUGCCAUUGGUUAUCCAUCCAACCAUUGCCAUAGCCACUGAGCCGUUAUGGAUAUACUUAAAGAAUCAGCACAAUAUGUACUUAUGGCAGGGAGAAUCGGCGGAGAUGGUUGGACAAUACGCGUUGCUCGCAGACCUACGACACGAGCCAUGCUUCUCACAAUGCGCCCGAUAUUGUGCCUUCAUGGAUACUUCCAAUCGUGUUGUUCUCCUCAAAUUGAAAUCGGGUAGCGCUCCAGAAAGACUAAGUCUCGAUGACUCGAGACUGGAGUAUGAUGCUCAUAAAUUCAGUAACAUAACCCUCUUUGUGUUCUCCACGGACUCAAAACAUCUGGCUCUGUAUUCAAAUGUGAGCCAUAAUGAAAUCUUGGUCUGGGAUAUUGCGUCUGGCGCCUGCAUCAAACAUUAUAGCAACAAUGCAAUACCUGAGUUAAGCACUGGUGUUGACCACCUUUACUCAAUUUCAGUUAUGCUUUGUGCUGAUCAUUCCAUGAUGGUGGCUUUCAGUCCUCCGGAAUUAGAGACACGGAUUCAGAUUCGGGCGCUGCCAUCGGGAGAUCUAGGUCAGAAAUUUGAUGGUCACAAAUGUCGCGUUGUGACUACUGGGUUCUUGGAAGAAGGCACGGUACUUGGGUCAAGCGAUGAUGAAAAUGAAAUCAGGACGUGGAACAUCGAGACAGGGCAAUGCCUAACUCGAUUCGUACCGUUCACUUCAAGUGGCUUCAUUGGAAUCUCCCCCAGUUAUAAGAUGGCAUGUUCCCUGGUCGAGACCAAUACUGUUAGCGUGGUAUCGUACACGCCGAACGAGCGGCCCAGCAUCGCAGACGAUUCUGAUUGGGAAUUCGAGGAACUGAUACUAUCUAACGACAAAACCCUCGUGGCUGCAAUUUACAAAUCAAAAGUAAGGAUUUGGGACAUCAAGACGGGAGACAGCAUAUUUCACCUUGCCAUCAACCAUCGCGGUCAAAGGUUGGAAGAGCGGUCAUCUUUUUCGCCAAAUCUUCAACGCUAUCAACUUCUAACAGAGAGCGUAUGGGCGACCUCUUUGUCGACAGGAGACGAAUUCCUUGAAUAUCGCGGUCAGGUGUUCAGCAGCUUCCGAACAUCUGUCGAGGCUUGUUCGGGAAUUGCCACAGGCCCUUUCUCAUACACUACUACUAGCUGUCCGGGCAUAGCUAUUUCCCCCGACGGCUUCCUCAUUGCUGUGGCCUAUCGUGACACAACACGCAUCUCAAAGCUUGAUACACAUGUCACUAUGCAUACCAUCCAAACCCCUGACAAAACUCACGACCUCAUGUUUUCCUCUGAUUCAAAAUUCCUUACUAUACUAUCCCACGAGUCCAGUAAGCCUGAUUGGGUGCAUGAUCAAGGGAGUCUACUCUAUGUCUUCGACAUCGAAAAGGCCGACAUGGUUGAAAUAAUUAAGCCAUGGGGAAUGAUCGAGAAGAUUGUGGAUAUUUGCCCGAGCUUAGGCCUCGUUGUGUUACUCACGAAUGUUUCUGACACAGAAAAUGGUAUCCAAAUCAUCGAUAUGAAAACGAAAGAAGUGAGACAUGACUUUACUCUUGGAUGGGAGGUUGAUCGUGUCAAUUUCGACAGUAGUUACACGACAUGUAUCUGGUCGGGACUAUACCACAAACUGACAUUAAGUAAAGUCUCCACUGGGCAGAUACUGACGGACGUGGAGAUGGUUAAGAAACCCACACGCUUCGAUUUUACGGCUGGAUCUGAUCUAGUAUCGACCAACAUUGGCGAUAUUCAGCUUGAUAUACAGAAGAGGGAUACAUGCCUGGAUGAGUGCAAUCGCGUCGGACUUGGCCUUAGUAACGACAUGUCUUGGAUUCUAUGGAAUAACACCAAGGUCUUCUGGCUUCCUCCGGCAAUUCGUCCGAUAGGUCAUCAAUCCUAUGACGAAACAUAUCGUUUUGAGAUCUCCGGAUCGACGGUAGUGAUACCUACAACGGAUAGAGGGGUCCUGAAGGUGGCAUUACAACGAAGACAGGAUGUUAUGGGUGGAUGA